AAAAAUGAGUAUGUAAUAAGAAUAUGAUUACCUUUUCAAGAUACUUUUGAUUGGAAACUCAGCAGUUGGUAAAUCAUCAUUAUUACUUCGAUUUGCUGACAAUGUAUUUAAUGAAAGUUUUUUACCUACAAUAGGUGUAGAUUUCAAGAUACGUACUUUUGAUUUGAAUGGAAAAACAGUGAAAUUGUAGGUAGUUUUGAUAUAAAAUGUAGAUUUGGGACACAGCAGGAUAAGAAAGGUUUAAAACAAUAACAAAUUCAUAUUAUAAAGGAGCUCAUGGAAUAAUAUUAGUUUAUGAUGUGACUGAUAAGUAAUCAUUUAAAGAUGUUGAAAACUGGUUAGCUGGUAAUGAAUUUUUAUAAAUAAAAUAGAAGUGGAAAAAUAUGCAAAUGAGAAUGUAGUAAGAGUACUAGUUGGAAAUAAAGUUGAUUUAGAGAGUAAAAGAGAAGUAACAUUUGAAGAAGGCAAAGAACUUGCAGAUUCUUUAAAUAUACGUUUUAUAGGUAACAAUUAAUUUUUAUAUAAGAAACAUCUGCAAAGAAUUCAUCAAAUGUUGAAAAAGCAUUCAUAACUUUAGCAAAUGAAAUAAAAGCAAAAGUAGCUAAGAGUAGCGAAGCUGUACCAAUAAAAACAGCACCUCGCAUAACUUAAGAUCAGUAAUAGAAUACUGUUAAAGAUAAUGGAUGUUGUUGACACAUUAUAACCAUAUUAUUAUUAAUUCAAUUUGUGGGUUUAUAUUAG